AUGCCGACCAGUGGAAGAGCCCCCUACGGAAGGGGAAUAUACUCGCCUCCCCUCGACGAGGAAGCUCCCCCACCACAUCACCCCUCAGCGGCCUGGAAAGCGCAGGAGGAAAUGCUGGUCCAGGCCAGAUACGAGAUAAGGCAGGAGAGGUGGAGAGCCCAGGCAAAGCCCCAGGAGAAGCUCCAGGCGAAGCCCCAGGAGAAGCCCCAGUCGAAGCCCCAGGAGAAGCCCCAGGCGAAGCCCCAGGAGAAGCCUCAGGAGAAGCCUCAGGAGAAGCCCCAAGAACCGCCCCAGGAGGAACCCCACCACAAGGCCCUGAUGACCCCGCCCCCCCCCCAGACGACGACGAGGUCGACCCACGAAACGUCCCACUACCCCCCUCGACGACCCCCUCGACCAACUCCCCAUCGCCACCCGACCCCACGACGACUUUGA